AUGGCUUACGCUGCACCGAAACCCACUAAACCUGGAUUGGAAGAAUCUCAAGAGCAGAUCCAUAAAAUUAGGAUUACUCUUUCUUCCAAACAUGUUCAGAAUCUCGAGAAGGUUUGCAGUGACUUGGUUCGUGGUGCUAAGGAUAAGCGGCUUAGGGUUAAGGGACCAGUGAGGAUGCCAACCAAGGUCCUUCACAUUACCACCAGGAAAUCACCCUGUGGAGAAGGUACAAACACAUGGGACAGGUUUGAGCUGCGUGUGCACAAGAGAGUCAUUGACCUCUACAGUUCACCUGAUGUGGUCAAGCAGAUUACCUCCAUCACCAUUGAACCCGGUGUUGAAGUUGAGGUUACCAUUGCCGAUGCUUGA